CACUCGCUGUCCCUGCCUGACUCUUAAAAAGGGCGGCGUGUCACCGCCUGGUUACUCACAGUCAUAGAUUCACGCCGCGGAACGCGGAUUCCAAGAACCCAAGUGAAUCGCGGCUCCUCGAGUCCGGCGGUGCCGUCCGGAGAGGUAGAGCUAGACUGCUAGAGCACAGCCCCGCCAUGGCGGCCGCGGCGCGCGCGAUCAUCUGCGAGCUGGCGCCGCAGAAGGUGUCGUCGACGGCGUCGGGGCCCGCGGCGCCGAAGAAGCGUGACGCCGGGACGAAGGUGGUGCUGCAGCCCCGCCUCUGCACGCUCCGGUCGUACGGCGCCGGCAGCGGCGUGGUGACGCGGAGGAUUCUGGCCGGGGAGGAGGACGGCAGCGGGGCCGCCGACUCGGGCGGCUCCGCGGCGUUGCCGUUCUUCGCCUCGCUCGCUGACUACAUCGAGAGCUCCCGCAAGAGCCAGGACUUCGAGACCAUCUCCGGCCGCCUCGCCAUGGUGGCGUUCGCGGCGGCGGUGGCCGUGGAGACGACGACGGGCAGCUCCCUGUUCAAGAAGCUGGACACCAUGGAGAUCGAGGAGGCGGCGGGGGUGUGCGUGGCGGUGGUCGCCAGCGCCGCGGCGUUCGCAUGGGCCUCCAGCGCGCGCAAUAGGAUCGGGCAGAUGUUCACGCUGGGCUGCAACGCCUUCGUCGACUCCCUGAUCGACAAUAUCGUCGAGGCGCUCUUCUCCGAGGGCGAGCUGCAGGACUGGUCCGAUGACAUAUGAACAUGCACAUGCAUAUAUAGAGACUAAUAGUAGACAGACAGUAAUACAGUAUACGUACAUACAUAGAGUCAACUAUUAACAGUAAGACACUAGGUAGAUGAAGUUGUUAAGUGAGUUCCAUGCAUUUUCGCAAGCUUCGUCAUCGCUGCACAACGGCAAGGCUGAAUAUUUCAGAGAUGGAUCGUUGAUUAGAGCUCCGCAUUCUGCGUAGGAACACACAAGCAGGGAUGUCUUUCAGAAGUGAGGCGGCUCUUAAAGCCUUCAAGGUUGUGAAAUAUGUAGAUCUCUUCUCUUGGGAGAAAUAGUGGUAUCCUACUAUCCUAGGCUCUGGAAAGAUUGGCCCCCAGAAUUAACUGUACCUGCUACUAGUACUACUAGCUAUACCGAGUGUAUUUAGAGAAUGAAUCAUGUAAUCAAAUCCAUGUAAUAUAUGCCAAGUGUAGUCAGAGUCAAAUCUGGAGUAUUGAUUCUUGA